UUCUCAAUGGUUAGUGUUGUCCGAGUUCUUCAGGCCGCCGUCGCAGAAACUAAACAGGAAGUCACAAUUAAUCAAAGAACAACAAACAUGAGAUUGUUUGAUUCACACCCUGAUGUCCAGAACACUUUUCUACCAUUUCGGGGUUUGAGUAACAAAGAUAUGGAGAGCAGUGCCAUAUUGCGCGCCCACGCCCUUCGUGUCAUGGCUACUGUGGAAAAGUGUAUAACACGCCUCGACAGAAUCGAUAAAACGAACGUCAUCUUGAAGGAGCUUGGCCACAGGCAUAUUGACUACCAAGUCAAACCGAAAUAUAUAUCGUUAAUGGGACCGCAGUUUAUGAUGGCCAUUAAACCUCACCUGGAAUCACAAUGGUCGGAAGAAAUGGAGGAAGCUUGGACUCACCUCUUCAGGAUUAUAUCUUACCACAUGAAGAAAGGAUUAAGACCUUCCAAAGCUGAACAAAUCUAAAGGUCAGCUGAGAAAAACUCCGGAAGUGGCUUACUUCGGAAUUGAAACCUAUUAUCUUGACAUAUGUUAAUGAAGAAACACCACAGUUUGAAAACUUCACGUACGCUUUUACACAAGCAUACAAACAUAAGAACAGACACACAUAUGAAAAUAUAUAUAGACAUAUAGAAACAUGCACAAUUA